CAAUAAUCUAUGCUUUGGGCAUAGACUUAACGACGACAUGUAUGUUAGCUUUUCAAGCUUCACGAAAACAACGGAUUAGUGUGAAUGGAAGUGCAGUUGGUUUAUUACGCCGCAAAAUAGAUUUGAUGUAUGUCAUGUUAUAUGGAAUGAAUGUGAAUAAUUCAGGCAAUUUUUGAUUUUACAAAAGGGUUUUAAAUCAAAACAAAAUUUAAUACAAGCAUAAAAAUGUCAGCACUAGAGCAGCAAGCCACCAAGCUACUGGACUUUAAUCAAAAAUUAGAUAUCAAUUUGCUGGAUAAUAUUGUUGGUUGCUUAUAUUCUUCUGUUGGAGAACAACAGCGUAUUGCACAAGACAUCCUUACAGCACAUAAGGAGCAUCCAGAUGCUUGGACUCGUGUUGAUACAAUACUGGAAUAUUCUCAGAAUCAGGAAACUAAAUACUAUGCUUUACAAAUUUUGGAGCAGGUAAUACAAACACGAUGGAAAGUUUUGCCAAGGAAUCAGUGUGAAGGUAUCAAAAAAUACAUCGUUGGAUUGAUAAUUAAAAACUCAUCGGACCCAGUAACCAUGGAAAAUAACAAAGUGUAUUUAAAAAAACUAAACAUGAUUUUAAUACAAGUUUUGAAAAGGGAAUGGCCACACAACUGGGAGACUUUUGUAAGUGAUAUAGUUGGGGCAUCCAAAACAAAUGAGAGUCUCUGUCAGAAUAACAUGGUGAUAUUAAAGCUGCUUAGUGAAGAAGUAUUUGUCUUCAGUACUGGUCAACUCACUCAAACAAAAGCUAAGCAUCUCAAAGACACUAUGUGUUCUGAAUUUAGCCAAAUCUUUCAACUUUGUCAGUUUGUUCUGGAAAAUUCACAAAAUGCACCAUUGGUUGAUGCUACUCUGCAUACCCUGCUAAGAUUUUUGAAUUGGAUUCCUCUUGGCUACAUAUUUGAAAUGAAAUUGAUAAGCACUUUAAUCUUUAAGUUUCUGAAUGUUCCAAUGUUCCGCAAUGUCACAUUAAGUUGUUUGACUGAGAUAGCUGGUGUGACUGUCAGUAACUAUGAGGAUCAAUUUGUAGCCCUAUUGGUGCAAACAAUGGAGCAACUGGAGGUAAUGCUGCCUCGUAAUACAAACAUAAGAGAAGCUUAUGCUAAUGGGAGAGAUCAGGAACAAAUAUUUAUACAAAACUUGGCCUUAUUCCUUUGUACUUACUUAAAAGAGCAUGGACAGCUUAUAGAGCGAAGAGGUUUAACCAAUACCCUUAUGGAUGCUCUUCGCUACCUCGUUUUGAUAUCAGAAGUAGAAGAGGUAGAGAUCUUUAAAAUUUGUUUAGAGUUUUGGAAUGCAUUGGCCACUGACUUGUACAAGAUAGCACCAUGUUCUCAUUCAGGUGGAUUGUAUAGCCUUGGAAAAAACAUGGGACGGAAAGCACUAUAUGCCGAUGUGCUGAGCAGUGUUCGUUACAUAAUGAUAUCUCGAAUGGCAAGACCAGAAGAAGUUCUUGUAGUAGAAAAUGAGAAUGGUGAAGUUGUCCGAGAAUUUAUGAAGGACACUGAUUCAAUUAAUUUAUAUAAAAACAUGAGAGAAACACUUGUUUAUCUUACUCAUUUAGAUUACCAAGAUACAGAACGUAUUAUGACAGAGAAACUACAAAAUCAAGUCAAUGGAGCUGAAUGGUCUUGGAAAAACCUUAAUACACUUUGUUGGGCUAUCGGUUCGAUAUCCGGAGCCAUGAUGGAAGAAGAUGAAAAGCGAUUCUUAGUUGUUGUGAUUAAAGACCUUUUGGGGUUAUGUGAACAGAAAAAAGGUAAAGAUAACAAAGCUAUAAUUGCCAGUAACAUUAUGUAUGUUGUUGGGCAGUAUCCACGCUUCUUAAGAGCCCAUUGGAAAUUUUUAAAAACAGUUGUAAACAAACUGUUUGAGUUUAUGCAUGAGACUCAUGAUGGUGUUCAAGAUAUGGCUUGUGAUACUUUCAUAAAAAUCGCGUUAAAAUGUCGUCGUCAUUUUGUCACCACCCAAGUUGGUGAAGCUUGUCCAUUUAUUGAAGAAAUAUUAAGUACAAUCAGCUCUAUAAUUUGUGAUUUACAACCAUUGCAAGUACAGACGGUGUAUGAAGCAGUUGGUUACAUGAUAAGUGCACAGGUAGACCAGGUUGCUCAAGAACAGCUCAUUGAAAGGUACAUGGUUCUUCCUAAUCAGGUAUGGGAUGACAUAAUAUCACAAGCAUCACAUAAUGUUGAUGUUUUAAAAGAUGCUGAAGCUGUCAAACAGCUAGUAAGUAUUCUUAAGACAAAUGUGCGUGCUUGUCGUGCAUUGGCACAUCCCUAUGUUGUACAACUUGGAAGAAUAUAUUUAGACAUGCUUAAUGUUUACAAAGUUAUGUCUGAAAAUAUCAGUCAAGCUAUCACUUUAAAUGGUGUAGCGGUAACUAAACAGCCCCUUAUUAAGAACAUGAGAAUAAUAAAGAAAGAGACUUUAAAAUUGAUAGCAAGUUGGGUUUCCCGAUCUACGGACAAUAGUAUGGUGUUGGAAAAUUUCAUUCCACCUCUUCUUGAUGCUGUUCUUUUAGACUAUCAGAGGACAGCUAUGCCUGAUGCGAGAGAACCUGAGGUACUCUCUUGUAUGGCUGCUAUUGUGUAUAAACUCGGAGGACACAUUACUUCUGAGGUACCAAAAAUUUUUGAUGCUGUUUUUGAAUGUACUUUGGAGAUGAUCAACAAAGACUUUGAAGAAUAUCCAGAGCAUAGAACAGAAUUCUUCUUGCUGCUGCAAGCAGUCAAUACUCAUUGUUUCAAAGCAUUCCUGAGUAUACCACCAGCACAGUUUAAAUUAGUUUUGGAUUCCAUAAUUUGGGCAUUUAAACAUACAAUGAGAAAUGUUGCCGAUACUGGUCUUCAAAUAUUAUUCCGAUUGCUCCAAAAUGUUGAACAACAUCCUCAAGCUGCACAGAGCUUCUACCAGACGUAUUUGUGUGAUAUUUUAGAACAUGUGUUCAGUGUGGUCACAGACACAUCACAUGGUGCAGGCCUGACAAUGCAUGCCACUAUUUUGGCAUAUAUUUUCUCCUUGGUGGAGGCUGGCCGGGUCACAGUUCCUCUGGGACCUACUCCAGAUAACGUUCUGUACAUACAGGAAUAUGUAGCAAAUCUACUGAAAACUGCAUUCCCUCACCUGUCUGAUAAUCAAAUAAAAAUAACUGUGGAAGGAUUGUUUAAUUUGGACCAAGAUAUUCCAGCAUUUAAAGAUCAUCUAAGAGAUUUCCUAGUUCAGAUUCGUGAAUAUACCGGUGAAGAUGACAGUGACCUGUAUUUAGAAGAGCGGUUGUUUGCUCUUCGUCAAGCGCAAGAAGAGAAGCGAAGGGUGCAACUGUCUGUACCAGGCAUCCUCAAUCCUCACGAAUUGCCGGAAGAAAUGCAAGAUUAACGUCAAGUAGACUUUAGUGUUCAGGUCUGAUAAGCUAAUAAUAACAGUACAUUUAGCAUAAAUAUUGUAGUAAAAUGAAAUAAGAACAAUUGCACAUUUUAUUCAUAAUAAUAUGAUUAAUAAUAAUUUUGUGUUAAAAAUUUUGCACCAAAUUUUAUUUUUAAAAAAUUCGGAAUAUCGAGAUUUAAUUAUUCUGCUGGAAAUACAUUUGGGAAAUAUGUGUUAAGUGGACUGUUGUCAUUAAAUUGAUCUGCUCCUUGUGCAGUUUUAACAAUACCUUGUUAU